GCAGUCCUCCGUACGGACCUCUGUGGCCACUAUCUACUAAAAUAUGGAGGACAACGAGUAUAGCUCACGCGACGAGCUCGAUUUCGAGGCCGAGCAAGGCUAUGUUGAUUCGGAGGAGGAACGGCGCCAAACCCAGCAAAAGCAGCACCGUCUGAAACAACAGCAAGCCUUGCACGCCAAGUCGCGUUCAGUUGGGGCUUCCAGAGGAGCAGAAUGGCUCAGUGACGCAGACGAGAACACCGAUGAGGAUGGCGCUCGUGGCGGGCACGGACGUGCUGGCCCUGGCGCGAAGCAGCACAGCGUCGCAGCCACUAAUACCGGCCACGUCCGAUCAGGCGGUCGUCUAGCGCUUCCGCAGCGGAGUCGUAGAGCUACUACUGUGCCACAGAACCGUUCCAAAUCCAUACACGACGACUAUGAGCUCGAUGGCUAUGCCGGCUUCGGUCUUGAAGAUGACGAUGUCGACGAUCUCGAGGAGUUACGCGACGAGGAUGAAGUGGGGAGUGCCAACGAGGAUGAAGAUGGGCCGGCAAAGAUGAAUGAUGAGGACCUCAUGACGGAAAUUAGAGGCCCUGUACUGGGCAUUUGCUCAGCGCUCGGUGGGUACGAGGACGUCGAGGUGGAGGAAGGCAUCUUCCAGGAGGUAUAUGUACCUGGUGAUGACUGUCUAGGAUGUCUGCGCGACCUGCGCAAACUGUGGCGCAGAGAUGACGACGAUCCUUCACGCCGUGUUGCAAGAGUCUUCGCGCAGGUCAACGUGUUGCGCAAUGACAUUGUGCCCAUUUUGCUCGCGACUGCUGGCAAAGGAGAGCGGGGUAACAAAAUUGCUCUUGCUUGUGCCGACCUGAUGACAUCUAUGACUUGGCCGAUCGAUAUUGAGAACGAACUUCGCGUGUGCGUCGAGCGCGGUGAAGACAAUUCCCACAUUGCACGUCUUCCGCCUUUGGAGAAGGCUCAAGUCGGCUACAAGGCGUCGAUUCUAAAGUUUUCGGAGCAAGAUCCAUCCAAAUGCGCUCCAGGACAAACCCACGACGUUCUUGGUGUCAUCGUUCGCGAGAUUCUGCUUCCCUCACUCUGCAAGCCGCGCCCGAUGCGCUCGGAGCGUGACAAUGGCACCAUCUCAAUGUGUCUGCACCUGUUUCGUAACCUCCUCGCGAUCCGCGACCCGCCAGCGACGUCUGAUUCGACGCCUGAAGCCAUUACCAACUCACGCUUGCAAAGCCUGCUUAUCGAGGGCAUGGAGCGGGCAAAUGUGCUCGAGAUCUUGCUCAUGCUCUGCAGCAGUGCUGAAGAGAGGAAUGUUGAGGCGUGGAACGCGAUUGCCAUGGACUGUGUGUAUCAGAUCUAUGUUGGCACCAAACCGGGCGGCAUCGCAGCUGUCGGCAGUGUUCAAUCCAACAGCGUCGAUCUUAUUCUUAACGCAGUCGAUGCGGAUCUCAAAAAGGCAGCGGAAGAGCGAGCAGUCAAGAUGGCAAAGGAUGCAGCUGUCGCGAAGAGGAGUGCCAUUCAAUCAUCGCUCACUGCAUCUCUGAAUGCAGAAGCCAACAUUCGGCGAAAACAGCAGAUGCAGUCCGGAACAGCACGCCACACGCGUUUCGGAACGACUAUUUCUUUUAUCGACGAUGAGGGGAAGAAGAGAGUCGCACGGAACACAGGUGCGCUCAGGAAGAAUGUCAAACAGUUGACAGAGGAGGUGCGAAAGAAGGAGACACGUCGCAAGGCCCGUAGGAGGAAGGCAGUGCGUGAAGAGGGUGGCAUCGUCGAUAAGCCGCCUUGGACAUCUGCAGCCGCACUACUGGUCAAAGAGUGGGCCGAUCGUUUUGUCAAGCAGGGCUUUGAGCCACUGACCCGCGCUCUGUGGAAGGCCAUUCGCUCUGAAGACGCCAAGAUGGGUGAUCUAGAUCAGGCGAGGAUCAAGAUGAUGCAGCUUGGGGCUUGGUUCCUCGAGUACUACCUCUCCCGCCGACAGCUCCAUACCGAGGCUUACCAAAAGCGGCAGGAUGAUCCGAACUUCGGACUGCGGAUGCGAGGGCGCGAGCCUGGACAAGCCGUGCAACUACAAACACUGAAGUCCACUACCGAGAAUGGGGUGGACAGCAGCGGCCGCAAGGGCAAGGCGCUUCUCACCGGACAGGAUCUCGAGGACCCAGACACAGCUUGGCCAUUCAGCCUCGUUUUCGAAUGGAGCAAACCCUGGGCCAUGCGCAUGGUGCUCGUACGUACCGACGCAGCACACGAGGCGAAGGCAUGGCUCGAAUUCGUCACAGCCGUCGACCUCUGGACGAUACUUUUCCGCUUGAUCGAUGCUUUGUCACGUUCCGAACUGCCUGAUGACCAGGUCGUCGGCGAGGCAGCGCAAGAAAAACUCUUUUAUGACAAUUUCACGUUGGACUACUGCAGGGUCGUUAUGGGCGCGUACAAAGCGCAGAGCUUCGCGACACUCCGUGCUAUUGUCGACUUCACGUUCCACAUGCCUCGCAUGCUUGAACGGUACUGCGAGAACAAGGAGCACAUAUUUGUGAGAGCAAAGAAGCGCUUGUCCAAGAAGGCUCAGGAUGGACAGGAAGAAGAUGUCGGCGAUGACGCAGAUGCGAAUCGAACAGCUCAAGAGACGUACAAGGAGCGCUCAUUCCAGUUCAAAUCUUUCCAGCGCAAGCUUUGCACCAAGUCGGUCGCGGUGGCUUGCGUUCAGUACCUCCAACGCUGGAAAGAGUUCCUCGAACCGGAUGAGCAAAUGGCGAGAGUUGUCGGUGUCAUGCAUCGACUCGCGAUCAAGGCCGGCAGUCCGCAGAUCUUCUUCCCCAAGGACCUGCGCCACACCUUGGAGGAGCUAUCAAACCCGAAUGUCAUAGCCAAGCUAGAGGCAGCGGCGCCUGCAGCCAGCAAUGACCUCAAGAAGAUGCUUGCGUACAUUCUUCGCAAGUGGUCCAAGCUACCGUCCGAGGAAAAGCAUGCGUAUGAGAAGGGCAAGCGGCCGCCACGUCCACCCAAGGCUGAGGAACCGGGCCGUGAAGUCAUGGUCAAGCCAGGCAAACCAAUCGACCAGCAGAUCGGGAUCGCGAUCGGCCGGUUGAUGGAGAUGGGGAAGACGAGCACAGUGAUGUGGGUUAAAGGAAAUUUGGAGAUGGCGAGUGCGCAACGUAGACAGAUCAUGUUGCGGAUGGAUGGCGAUGUUCUCGAAGGCGGCUGUGAUCCCAUGAGGGCUCGAUCGCCUCAAAGCGACCUAGGUGCCAAGGACAACGGAGGGGCCAUGCAGCGCAGAGCCGAUCUGGAGGAAGGUGUGCCUUCGAACGCUGCAUUACGCGACUUUGAGCCUUAUGAUCUGAGAUAUGACGAUGAUGACAAGCUGCGGGAUGAUGCGUCAAAACUACCGGAGCUCAAGAUGCUCUGUCGUUUAGUUGGCCUUGAGGAAGAACAUGACAUUGAAGGGAAAGAAUGGACCUGGACGGUCCCGGUCAGCGCCUGGCCCCUCUAUCUGGACGCGGACAUCAAGACAAUGGACCACUACUUGGCCAAUCCGUAUGUACCAGACGAGGGCCAGACGUUAAAAGACUACAUCAAGAAGGUGGCCAAGCCGAGAGCGUCAAGAGCUCCCGCCGAGUGGGAAGAAGACGUCGACGCCAUCAUCGCCGACUAUUCUGUUAACUCAGGUGGAAGCUCUUCUGAUAGCGACGCGUCUGCUGGAGCGCUCAACAAACGGCGGGAGAAGCUAGAGAACCUGCGGCGAAAGGCCAAGAUUCCGAGCAAGCGAUUAGAUCCCAAGGCCAAGAAGGCACAAGCGCCUGUUUGGAGUCACAAUGACUAUAUCGAGAACAGCGACGAGGAGUUGGCAGCCAUCAACAGAGCUCUUGGAGCAGCUGAGGAAGGCGACAGAGGGGCAGGCAGGCGCAGAGACCGGGCCUCGUCACGGGAUGAUAUGCACGACAGUGACGAUGAUGACCUACGCAAGAGACCAUAUAGCAGCCCUCCGACUAGCUCUCCACCUGCUGCGGCACCUUCGCGCACGGUAGCAACAAGGAAGACGCGGGCAAAGCAGCGCGUACGCCAUUCUAGCAAUAGAAACAGCGAUUCUGACUCUGGCCAAUCACGCCGUGCUGCGUUUCCGCGGCGCCCAGCAGCUAAGCGCGAUGGUCUCUUCUUGGGAGGUAGCGAUGAGGAAGACGAGGAGGAAGCGGACAAGCUGCUCUCACAGUCGCCAGUGCGGCGCGUCGCUCAUCCCUCGCUAUCACUCUCUCCAGAAAUAGUGCGUCGCCCUUUCAAAGACCAGCUCUUCCUGGGCUCUUCGCAGGAUCGCUCUCGCUCUCCCGCUCGCUCUGUCACGUCUGAGAUGGCGGAGAUCCGCCGCAAAGCCGACGAGGAGCUCGAGGCUCUGCGUGUGCAGCUGCUCGCCGAAUCGGACGAUGAGGGGACACAAGCGGACGAGAUUUCGAACGCAGCUGCGCAGGAACACCGGCAUUCGGGUGUGCCGCGUGCACGUAAUACGUACGGCCGAGGUCGCGAGUUGUUUGAAGAUGCGGAAGGCCAAUCGCUGUUGUACAGGGAGAGGAGAGAGUCGCCGGCGCCCAGCCUCAAGAGGCCGUACGCCAGUGAUGAAGACGAUGAAGUUCAAGCUGCUCCAGCCGAGCUCUCUCCCUCGCAAACGGGUAGGCCUCGAUUCUCCUCGCCAUUCGUGUCGCGCUUCAAGCCGCUCACGAAGCGCAGGGCUGUCUUGUCAGAUGAUGAAGAUGGCGGAGACGAAGAUGUGGACGAGCUGCUUUCUGAUGUGGAAUGACGCCGUGUCUAUGUAUAAAGCGCAGGUGAAAUCUCAAAG